AUGCUCCGCCGCGCCCCAACCACCAUCUCCCUCACCGCCAACGACAUCGAGCAGUACGACGCCAACCGCAAGCGCAAGCUCUGGGAAGCCCAACAGCAGCAGGAACAGCAACAGCAACAACAAGCCUCCUCCAACGCCGCCAAGGAGAAGAUACCCUCUAGGGGGCGCCCUCUCUAA